AGAAUCAAUUUUUCUUUUCAAUUGACAUCCGCUGACAAUGUAACCUGGAUUUCGUGCAAUAUGGCGGCAAAUUUGUAGGUAGAUAGGUCCCCGAGAAAUACAGUGGUUAUGAUGUUUAGAGAGUGACUUGAAUCUAAAUAAUAAAAGAAUAUAAAAAAAUCAUGGAGGGAGAGCCAGCCACUGAAGAGAAGCCAAGUGCAGAAGAAUGGCCUCUGGAGAGGGCUGAGGCUGCAGUUCAACAACUCUAUGAGUUCAGAGACCAUUACUUUGAACACAAUUCAAUUGAGAAGGCCCCACUAAAGAAGAAGGAAACUGAGCAAAAGUUGAAAGAGACUCUGAACAUUCUGGACCAUGUACAGGCCCAAUGCGAGGAAACAGCCAGAUGUCUAUUUUUACGAGGGAAGGCCUUGAAUGUGAUGCCUGAUUAUGAUCCUUUGGCUCAAGAUUCUCUGUCAAGAGCCGUCAAGCUGGACCCGAAACUAGUUGAAGCUUGGAAUUGCCUGGGAGAGUGUUACUGGAAGUAUGGACAAGUUGAAGCAGCCAGAAACUGUUUUGUAGGAGCAUUAAAUCAUGGAAAGAGCAAGGAGUCUUUGAGGAACUUGUCAAUGGUGUUGCGACAGAUUGGGAAAGAUCAAGGUGAAAAAGUAGAAAAUGUCAAAAUGAGUGUAGAGAAAGCAAAAGAAGCAGUGCAGUGUGAUGUUAAGGAUGGAAUUUCUUGGUACGUACUUGGCAAUGCCUAUCUCUCCCUCUUCUUUUGUGGAUCACAGUCUCCUCAGCUGAUCAAGCAGUGUAUGACUGCAUAUUCACAAGCGUAUAAAGACCCUGUAGCACAAAACAACCCAGAUCUACACUUCAAUCAAGCAAUGGCAUACAAAUACCAGGAGGAAUAUAAAUUAGCCAUAGAUGGCUUCAAAAGGGCUGGCAUUUUAGACCCAGGUUGGAUGGAACCUGGUGAUGAGAAACUUAAGCUGCUGAAUAUCUUAACAAAAACAAUUGACCUUGUGGAGGGAAAGGGUAAAUUGAAAGGCAAGAGGCUCCACUCCAUGGUACAGUCCUUGGGUCCAUCAGAUUUGGGCCCAUAUGGUGGUGGUAGUUACACCAGUCCAUCAGGUCAAACAGUCCAGCUUGAUCAUAUUCCUGUUUCCAAACUAGUUUCUGGCUCAAAUCAUAACAAAGUGAUUGUUGGCAAAGUUGUGGGCUCUGUUCCAAUGGAUGAUCCAGUGCCAUAUAUCUUUGCCCUGGUGGAUGGUGAAGAUCAUUGUAUACCAGUAACUGUUUACAACAUGGCAGCAGGAGCUGGGUUUGCAGUUGGUGACUCUGUUGCUAUCCCUGAACCUUUUUAUCAGGAAACUGAUUUCUCUGAAAAGGAUAAAAUAUUCAAGUUUGCUUCGAUUCGUGUCGACAACCCUGUAGUUUUGGUGGCAAACAAGAAGAAACUUGGCUCUAACAGACUAGCUCCAUCCACUCUUUUGGUUUCUACAAAAAGCGAGUGAUUGAUCCAUAGCAUAUCUUUGUGAGGAGGAAAACUGUUUCCAGUGAUGGACCGGUUAGAUACAACAACACAAAUCGAACAGAACUCGUUUCGAAUUUAUGAAUUUACUGAGUUAGGUGUGUGAAAUGUGUGUCAAUGACAGACGUCAGUCAAGCAACCACAUUUAUAAAACCUUAUGGAAAAUUUCCUCGA